AUGCUCACCUUCAUCACAACUAUCCUUCUCUUCAUUCACAGCACGUCGAUCGCCGUCUCCACUGACACCGCCAUCCCUGCAAACCCUAAAAGCAUCAACCAAUGGCUCUUAGAAAACACAAAUCCAAUGAGACCACAACUGGAUGCUCAAUUAGCACAAGCUGAACUGUACACAAGAGUGAUAACAGUGAACAAGUAUGGGAAAGGUGACUUUAAGAAUAUAACUGAUGCUGUAAACAGUAUUCCAGUAGGUAAUAAGGUGAGAACAAUCAUCAAGAUUGCACCAGGGAUAUACUAUGAGAAGAUAUUGAUAGAUUUCUCAAAGAAAUUUGUUACUUUAUAUGGCGAUCCAAAUGCAAUGCCGAGGAUAUCCUUCAAUGGCACGGCCAAGUUUUUUAAAACCUAUUAUAGCGCCACCGUUGCCGUUGAGUCCGAUCACUUCAUGGCAUGCAAUAUCAUCUUUGACAACACUGCGCCAAGGCCAAUUGUAGGAAGGGAAGGAGCUCAGGCAGUGGCAAUGAGGAUAACUGGACAAAAGGCAGCAUUUUAUAACUGUAGGUUUUAUGGCCAUCAAGACACACUUUUGGAUCAUUCAGGGACACAUUUCUUCAAGGAUUGUUUCAUAAGGGGAUCUACUGACUUCAUCUUUGGCAGAGGUCAAUCUAUAUAUCUGAACUGUGAGUUAAGAUCAGAUGCAAUUGGGUUUGGAGUGAUUACAGCUCAAGGAAGAGAGCUUAGAAGGGAAUCAAGUGGGUUUAUCUUUGCUCAUUGUUUAGUAAGUGGCAGUGGAGACUUAUUUCUUGGACGUGCAUGGAGACAGAGAUCAAGAGUUGUUUAUGCUUAUACUUACUUGCCUUCUAAUCUUGAUCCAAAAGGAUGGGAUGACAUGAGAUACCCUGAUCAUCAAAGGACUGCGUUCUACGGUGAAUACAAGUGCAUGGGGCCAGGAGCAGUGACUAACCAACGUGUGAACUAUUCAAGAGUGUUAACUGAUAGUCAAGCAAAGCAUUAUUUGGAUCUCAACUUCAUCUAUGCCUCCACUUGGCUUCUUCCCCCACCUAAACUAUAA